UUUAGUACGCAUUGUGCCGGAAAACGCCGGAAGUGUGCCUCGUCGUCCGCCGUGCGGUGUUCGUUGGCUCCUCCUCCCGCACGCAUUUCAACUGCCGCCGCCGCCACGGAUGGAGCCGAGCGUCGAGAGGGAGAGGCACCACCGAGGAUUUGCCAGCCCGUCAAAUUAGCGCCCAUCUCGGCUACGACCUGCCCGCCACCUCGGCGCUGUGAACGGUAGAAAAGUACAACUUCCGCCUCCAACACAUCGACUGGCGUGUGUGAGCUGGCAGAGUGGGAGAUCAUUUUAACCGUUUCAUGCGGGUCCAGUGAAGCCAUUUUAGCCGGUCGAGGAUGGGCUGCACGCUGAGCACGGAGGACAAGGCGGCGGUGGAGCGGAGCAAAAUGAUCGACAGGAACCUGAGGGACGACGGCGAGAAGGCGGCCCGCGAGGUCAAGCUGCUGCUGCUCGGUGCCGGCGAGUCGGGCAAGAGCACCAUCGUCAAGCAGAUGAAGAUCAUCCACGAGGCGGGCUACUCGGAAGAGGAGUGCAAGCAGUACAAGGCGGUGGUCUACAGCAACACCAUCCAGUCCAUCAUCGCCAUCAUCAGAGCCAUGGGCCGCCUCAAGAUCGACUUCGGCGACGCCGCCAGAGCCGACGACGCGCGGCAGCUGUUCGCGCUGGCGGGCUCGGCCGAGGAGGGCUUCAUGACCGCCGAGCUGGCCGGCGUCAUCAAGCGGCUGUGGCGGGACGGCGGCGUCCAGGCCUGCUUCGGACGCUCCCGCGAGUACCAGCUCAACGACUCGGCCGCGUACUACCUGAACGACCUGGAGCGGAUAUCGCAGGGCGCGUACAUCCCCACGCAGCAGGACGUGCUGAGGACCCGCGUCAAGACCACCGGCAUCGUGGAGACGCACUUCACCUUCAAAGAUUUGCACUUCAAGAUGUUCGACGUGGGCGGUCAGCGGUCGGAGCGCAAAAAGUGGAUCCACUGCUUCGAGGGCGUGACCGCCAUCAUCUUCUGCGUGGCGCUCAGCGACUACGACCUGGUGCUGGCCGAGGACGAGGAGAUGAACCGAAUGCACGAGAGCAUGAAGCUCUUCGACAGCAUCUGCAACAACAAGUGGUUCACCGACACGUCCAUUAUCCUCUUCCUCAACAAGAAGGACCUGUUUGAGGAGAAGAUCAAGAAGAGUCCGCUCACCAUCUGCUACCCGGAAUAUGCAGGCUCCAACACGUACGAGGAGGCGGCGGCCUACAUCCAGUGUCAGUUCGAGGACCUGAACAAGCGCAAGGACACCAAGGAGAUCUACACGCACUUCACCUGCGCCACCGACACCAAGAACGUGCAGUUUGUCUUCGACGCCGUCACCGACGUCAUCAUCAAGAACAACCUGAAAGACUGCGGCCUCUUCUGAGGGCGGCGGAUGCGCGCUUCGCUUCUCGCGCCGGGUGGCAUUUCGGUCGGGGGAACGCCGACGGGGCGGAGAGAGGGCGUUCCCGGAUGCCCCCGCCCGCCUUCCCGUGCUGUACAGUAACGCCACUUUUAACAGCUUUAUUUAUGUUUUUUCUCUCGGGACAUUUUGAGUCGGAUGUUUGUUUUGUAGUCAAAAUGGCCGGCUUUUAUUUUUUCUGUUGUUUUUGGACUUUUGGGAGGAGAAAGAUCCGGUCAAGGAAAGUAUCCGACCUUUUGCGUCGGAAAAAGGCGACCGACGCGUAGCCCCUCCCCCCCCCAACACACGUUCGUCCACUCGUGACAUUGUUACAAUCACAUCAGGGGUUCUGCUUUUGAAACGCUGUUUAAAAAAAAAAAAAAAAAAAAAAAAGUCCAUUUUCAAUUGGCACAUUUUCUUGUAUAUUUGACUGGGUUUUUUCGGUCGCGAGGAGCCAUUUUGGUUUAUUUCCCUGUGGACGGGCAAGCACACAAGAUGGCGGAGGUUCUGCCACGCGAGCGUCGGCAUUGCCCCCCCCCCGACCCCCGCGAGGAGGGAUACAUCACUGCACCUUUGUAGACCCUUAUUUUGAUAAUAAAAAUACAAGAAAACA